CCCAUAUUUAUUUAUCUUCUCUUCAACUUCUGACGAUCUACAUUAUUGAGACCCACCAAGAUCUAAUUAAGAGAUAUCAUUUUGAGUGAUGGAAGGAAAUGACCAACUUCACUAUCACCAAAACCAUCGCUCGACUACUUCUUUUCCUCUUCAAUUGUUAGAGAAGAAGGAAUAUGAUAAUCCUCAACCUCCUCUUGAGAUCAUCUCUAAGAAGCCCUCUCCUAAGAGAACCUCUACUAAGGACCGUCACACCAAAGUCGAUGGCCGCGGUCGUCGCACCCGAAUGCCUGCUCUUUGUGCUGCUAGAGUUUUCCAGCUUACUCGUGAGCUCGGCCACAAGUCCGAUGGCGAAACCAUCGAAUGGCUUCUUCAGCAGGCCGAGCCUGCUGUUAUUGCCGCUACCGGUACAGGGACCAUACCUGCAAACUUUAACUCUCUCAAUACCUCACUAAGAAGAUCGGCUACAAGCAUUUCUCUACCAUCUCAACUAAGAUCCUCGUCUUACUACCACCCGGGAGUGAUGGGGAUCAACUCUGAAGCAAUGAAUAAUAUGGCUCAAAUGACUCAACCAAAACAAGAUCAUCACUAUCUCCAACAAUCCACCACAGGGCUAAUCCCUGCCACUACUCCGGCCAACUUUUGGAUGCUUUCCGACCCCAACAACCAAUUACUCGGCAGCGGAGGCGACCCUUUAUGGAGGCUUCAGUCGGCCAACAACCAAGACGGCGCUUUAUUCAGAUCAGGGCAACCCUCCGGUGGUUUACGUUUUUCGAAUCUGGCUGCUCCGUUGACGCUCCUCCCAGGAAAGCCACUCUCAUUGGGACCCACUACUGCCGGAGGUGGACGUGGAACCAUGAAUGAUGAUGGGCACUUGAAUAUUUACGCCGCCCAAAAUCCGCCGCAUGGGGCGGCGCCCGACACCGGUGUCUCCUAAUCAUAAUUGUUGCCUAUGCGGCUUUCCUUACUAAUUUCUUCAUAUAUGAAUAUGGUUUGAGACGUGAGGUUAGACAUGUGAUU